UAGUAUAUUGCUGUAGAAAUUAUUGAAACAGACAACUGUAACAGAAGAGGGAGGAGUACACCCAAAGUCCUAAGUCCGCUUAACCAAUAACACACUGUUAAAUUAGUGACUUGUAACUUGAUGUUAUAGCAUUGCAAUGAUGGCGACCCAUUAUAUUUUGUUUUGUUUACCGUUUGUGUUUAUGUUGGUGCAACAUAAUUAUGCUCAGAGGUCCCCAACAAUAUCGUAUAUAACUCAAACUCAAAUCAAAGAUAUUGGUGGUACAGUAGAACUUCUGUGUUCUGUACAAUAUACUCAGGAGUAUUCUGUGAUAUGGAUGAAAGUUGACAAAACACAAACAUCUCUCAGUUUACCAAUUUCUACAGGUAGUUCACUGAUUUUACAUGAUUCAAGAUUUUCAUUGAGAUAUGAUCCUAGUAGUUCAACCUAUCUACUACAAAUUAAGGACAUUCAAGAAACAGAUGCAGGUUACUAUCAAUGUCAAAUUCUUAUAUCACCCAGCAAUAGAGUAACAGCAGAAGUAGAACUACAAGUGAGGAGACCACCUUUCAUCUCCGAUAAUUCAACAAGAUCAAUAGUUGUAUCAGAAGGAGAAGCUGUUGAAAUGGAAUGCUAUGCAGGAGGUUAUCCAACACCUAGAAUAUCAUGGAGACGUGAAAAUAAUGCCAUAUUGCCUACAGGUGGCUCAAUUUACAGAGGAAAUAUUCUGAAGAUCAGAUCAAUUCGCAAAGAAGACCGAGGUACUUACUAUUGUGUUGCUGAAAAUGGCGUCGGAAGAGGAACAAAAAGAAACAUUGCUGUGGAAGUCGAAUUUGCUCCUGUCGUUGUAGUUCCAAGACCUAGACUUGGCCAAGCACUUCAAUUUGACAUGGAUUUGGAAUGCCACGUAGAAGCUUACCCUCCUCCUGCCAUAACGUGGGAAAAAGACGAUAUUACUUUAUCAAAUAAUCAACAUUAUUCUAUAUCACAUUUUGCGGUCGCUGACGAAUUUACAGACACCACCCUUAGGGUUAUUACAAUUGAAAAAAGGCAAUAUGGACAAUAUGUAUGCAAAGCUGCAAAUAAAUUGGGAUCUGCUGAAGGAAGGGUUGAAUUAUUCGAAACAAUCAUCCCUGUAUGUCCCCCUGCCUGUGGUACCGCUAGGUAUGCUGGCGCCGCUACAAUUUCAACUAGUACAGCUGCCCUGUUCUUUAUGGUGGUCAUCUUUAUUUUUAGAAGUUUCCGAACCCAAUCCUAACUAUCCAGGUAUUAUAUGGUUGAAUUCGGCUAUAAAGAAUCUCCCGGCAGUUUCGGCUGUAAUACUCACAACAGUUUUGAUAUUUUAUAAUUAAGAUUAGCACCAUUCGGACUAGUUUUCAAAAAUAGAAUGAUUCCAACAGAAAAUUGUUCAUUUAAAGAAUUUUUAUUCAGUUUAAAUUAAAUUAUCAUUUAUGUAGUUUUGAAAGUUUGUCUGAAUAUGGCAAGAAAGAUUGUGAAAAAGAGUGUGCAUCAAUGUUUAUAGCGUAUACCAAAUAAUUUACUAAAUAGUGAUCGGUUGAAUCGAAAUGGUAUUAUACCGGCGCACAUAAAGGUAUAACAACUAAAUUUAAUAAAAAAUUAGAAUUUUUAUUAAAUAUGAAAACAUUGUAGAUUAAAUGAAAAGUUAUUGUCAAUAGCAUUACACGUAAAGACUAAAAAUAAACUAAGAUUAUAAUUUUAUCAACCCAUUAACGCCCAAUUUACUUUUUUUUUCAAACGAUACUAUUUCUAAAUGUAUUUAUAGGGCCGUACUCGAAUGAGGACGUUGGAACUAUAAAUUUUAUUUAUGUAGACAACUAAAUAUAUGAAGUACAAAUAAUGUUGAAUCAUAUAUAUAUAAUGUUAUAAUUAAAAGUAAAAGUUUUAAUCUAUGAGAGCCCAAAUAAUUUAUUUUGGAUUUUUGUCGACUAACUAGUUUUAUAUGAAUACGAACGUGUUUCCAAAUGGCAGAAAUAAAUACAGAAUUCCAAAAAUUUUAGUAAAAAGAAAAAACUUACCUUAUCGGUUUUCUACGGAUGCAUAGCUUACUUGGAUGACGGCCAAAAUAUUUGAUCGUCGAUUCAUCAUAGUUUAGGUUUUGCUGGGGGACGAAUUUUUUAAGACACCUUUGAUUCAGCAUUCAAGAGUGACCUCAAUUUGAAAAGUUUAUCGUUUUUAACAACUGCAUUGUUAUUCGCACAAUGUAUAAAUUGUAAUAUUGUGCAAAAUCGGCUUUUUUUAUAGCGUUUGAGACCAUAUUAUUGUGCAUAUAACCUUGAGUGUCCCAAUAAUUACGUUUUUUGGGAAGAAUUUUAUACCCACUAAUAACAAGAAUUCCAAUGAAGUAUUACAGUUCAUCAAAUGUGAUCAGCAUAGUUUUUAAAAAGUGCAUAAUCUCUUGUCUGUAUGCAAAUGUUGGAAAACAUCUUCAUCAAAAAAUCACUCAAACAACUCUACAGGGGACGUACUAUAAUAUUGAUUGUAGUCUGGUUCGGGAAAGGAUUUGGAUAUAAGUUGAAGACCGCCAACACUCCAACGCUAAUUAUUUUUUACAGUAGUUGAAGCUGAAAAUACCUUUUCAAUUUUCUCUUCUGAUAGUCUGUCUUCAGUGCCGUUUUUAAAGAUUUCUGCUUCUGUAAUAUAUAAUUUUCCUUUAGUAUUGAUAUCGUUGGUUAUAUCAUCUUCAGUAGGAUCAAUUCUAUGUUCUUCUGUUAAGACCAAUUCCGCGCAAGCUGCCAAUUAUCUAUGCUACAAUCAUUGUUAUCAAAUAUUUGUUUCCGGUGAAAAGAGAAUUUGUACUUUCUCGAACCGUAUGUCCAUUUUAAUCGGCACGGCCACGAGGAGUUUCUUUAAUCUGCUGACAAACAGCUGUUCGACCACUAGCUGCAACUUGUCAUGAAUAGAAAAGUGUGUAGUGGUGGUGUAAACAGUAUAUUCAGUAUGAAUAUCGCCAACGGUUCCAGAAAUUCCAACUUAAUGGAGAAGACGUUAUACACAUCAAAGUAAAUAUAUAUGGUGCCAUUUAUCCGAUACUUUCCUAAGCUUUUUUUAAAUUCAUGCUGUAAAUUUAUAUAUUUACUGUGGCCAUUUGGUAACAUUAGGCCUUGAUGGGUUAAUUUAAAACGCCAUUCUAAAAUAAAAAGAAUAAAAAUGUAAUUUUUUUUGUGAAAUUUUAUAAAACAUUCGGAACCUAAUGUUACAUUUACCGCAAUGCCUCGGCUUGCCUUUUCAAUAGCUAAAUUGACACCGAUGUAGUUUUUCAACACUUGAUUUUGAUGUCGACGGUAAGCUAAGUGGUCGACUCUUUAUUACUCGUGGCCUAUGUAAUGAAUUGCAAUUUGUCUUCGGAAAUCUCUCGAUUUUUUACCGUUUACUGCAAGAUACAAUAAAAAGCAUUGACCACUGCCAUGUCUAUAAUAUGCGUAUACCAACUUUUUUUUCCUUUAAUUGCUAUUGAGUGCUUUGCUAGCAACCAAUUUAAAAAUUUACAAAAUACAUCAGUUUGGAAAAUCUUCGACGCUCAGCGUCCUCGAUUGAAGACACCAAGAUUUAAAGGAAUUUUCCAAAAAUCUGAAUAGACUUUUGACAAAAUUUUUGUCAUGUUCGUAAACACACAUUUAUUAUAGUUACAAAUCAAAAAGAAAAUAUGCUUCCUUCACAAAAUAAAUUUUCAGCUGUAGAAAAUCUACGAUUUAGCACUAAGUAAGAUUUCACGGUAUGCACACGGAAUGUCAGACUCAGGUACAAUUAGCGGAAAUACCCAUCUAUUAUUAUCUUUAUUUUAUGGUAGUGAGGGUGAAAGCUGGUUAUAUUACCGCCAAGUGGACGAAAAAAAAAACCUCGAAAGAGGACGCUGCACAUGUGAGGUAGCGUGAUACGACUCGUACAUGCUACACGUGCUGAGUGGGGAUCCACAUAUUGAGACACGCGUUUUCAAAUAGGAAACGGUGGGGUUUGGAUUUGAUUGGCACUUCGAGGCACUAGCCGGCACCAAAAAAUAUCUUGACAUUUUUGACAAUCGUACAAAACAAUUGUUGUUAUUGAACUAAAGUUCUUAAUCAGAAUCGGAUGAUGCUGAAGAGGAAAUGAUGUUUUAUUACUUGAUGAAGAAUAAAUUUAUUUUACCGAAGAGAAAAAACAGUGAAUAAUUUACAAUUACAACUAAAAUGAGUGGUACUGAUUUUGCUAAUUAAUCCCGAAUGAAUCGAAACCAUUUUCCUCUCUGUGUUCCUAUUAACUUUUCUUCUGUCAUUUUUUCGUAAAAACAAAUUAAGGAAAGACUUGCUAGUCACCCUCACGUGUGGCAUAGCAAACUGUGUCUGAACUGAAUAUAUUCUUUGAUGAUUUAUCAAGAUUUUAUCUGUUUUUAAACUAAAAUUCAGUUAAAACAGACUUUAAAUUACACUAAAUCUAAAUAAUUUUUCAAAAAAAAAAUAGUGACUUGUUAUUUCCAACAACAAACAAGAAAUGUUAUUGACAAUAUCUUUAAGGUUGAAAUAAUUUAUAGCACCAACAAUAAUAAAUAUUCAAAUUCUGUAUAUUAACCCAUAUAAAAUUAGCUUUUAGCUUUAAAGGCAUUUUUAUACAUGUUUAUACUUUUUUAUAAUCUAAUUGCACAAUUUAUGUAUGUAUAUUAAAUAAUUUUUUAUUUUUAUAGAAAACACAUUAUUAGUUAGUAGUUAAUAUAAUUUUAAAAAAAUCAAUAAUUAACAACGAUUAAUAUUGUUUAUUAAAUAAAUAAUUUGAUAAUCGUUUAUCGACGUUUAUUCACGAAAUUAAUGUUUAUAAAAGACUAUUUAUAUAUAAAAAUAGCGCAACAGACCUUAUAGACCCAAGGCCUGGAGUCACUCUAAUAUUUACGACCAUGGCUGCAAGCUCCAUUUUUCAUUCCUGUUUGUUAUGUCGAAACACACGCCAACUACCAUUUUCUCCAAACCCCACUCAGUUAGUGCAUUAUAAACUGCAUUUGCACCAGUACCACUUUUAAGUAAUUUCUCCUUGCCAUCUGCAGAUACUAAUGUGGGCAAACGAUCCACUUUUUCGUUUCCCUAAAAUAUCAGGAACGAUCUUCUCGUCCCAAAGGACCGUCUUAGGUCCAUAGCAUUUUAAUUUUUCUCCACUUCUUUCGGCCCCUUGUUUUUUUUUUCUCCAGCUUCACAGAGAACGUGAGGUCUUAAGAUCAUAUUUUAUGUUUCGAACUUUAAUAAACUGACCGCAUAUAAAACAAAAUGCAUCCGCAUCAUAUUUACACCUUUAUGAUUACAUUUUAACAUUUUCUAGACAUGUACAAAACAUCUGAUCGUUUUUUAUCACUCGAGAGCCAUCUGGAGGCACUGUACUCUGAUCUCGCAGUAUUUUCAAAAUGUAUUAUAACUAACUGAAAUUUAGAAAAAAAUUUGACAAUGAGCAUUAGUUCUAUAACUAUCACAAAAGCAAACGUUAUAUCAAAAAAAGGUAUUUUCUUUUCGUGUUUGUGUAAUUGACUGAAAAAUCAUAAUUUUCUAGAACCUAUUUUGUUCUACUUAUUAAAAGUUUGCAAUUAUCAAGGUCCCGACUUGGAUUUUAAGAUUCCCUCUGUAAUACUGCCCAAAUAUAUUUUUUCUAUUUAAAUGAAAAUAUUCAAGAUGAAUAAAUUUCGAUAAAUCGAUUCGUUGUAAAUAUUUGAUUAAAAAGUAGUUAGAUGGCCUAAGGAAAAAAAUUGAAAUAAUUUCUAGAUUAGGUAGCACCUUUCGUUAAAACUUUAGUAUAUUAUAUCUAUACUAUACCUAACCUAAACAUUAUUACAAUUUUUAGGUUAGGUUAUUAUUUGAUUGUUCAUACGAAAAACGAAAAUGAGUACCUGAAGGGAUGGUUUCGGAGGAAUGUAACCUAAUCUAGAUAUUACAAAUUUCAUUAUAAUAUAUUGGGAAGUAAUUAAGUACUACUUAAUUAUCAAUUUUAAUUGAGAAAUUUGAAACAAGCGGGCCAGGAUCUGUAGUACUUAGUUAUAUAUAGGCACUGUUGAAACAAGAAACUGGCCCUCAUAUAUGCAUUAAUGGCGGUUUUAAUUUUAAAUAAACGACUUACUCAAUAUAUAAGAUACAUUCCUUUUAGAGACUGGAUACAUGUUAUUUUUUUUGUAUUGGGUAAAUUUUAUGAUCUGUAAUUCUUAUUCGUCCAUUUUUGUUUUUAAUAAAAACUUAAAUAAC